GACACCCUUUCAAAUUGAUCAAAUGUGAGUAUGCCAGGAAUCAGUCAGUCACAAGCUAGCAGUUCCCUGACUUGCGCUACAUAUGAUCAUUCGUGCCUUCGUCUGCUGUUGAUUGCUGCCUGGCAAUAAAGCAAUUUAUGAUCAUGGCAGGUGCCAGUGCGGGUUGUAGUUGCCAUCUUGGACCAGAAUUCCCCAGCUAACCAAUGACUGCCAAAGCAAGCAGCUUGCGUGAUGUGUGCGAGUGUAGGGAAGGAGCAAAGCGAGCCGAGAGCACUUCAACUCUCCUGUGGUCAAUGAGAUCGGAUUGAAGGUUGGCUGUUUCACAUCUUGGGGCCAAAGCAUCGCAACUCAGGCAAAAGACAGGAAAGAAGAAUAUCAUCGACCACCAAUCAUCAAGAUGUCCAAGCGCACAAAGAAAGUCGGGAUUGCCGGCAAGUACGGUGUUCGAUACGGCGCCUCACUCCGAAAGCAGCUCAAGCGCAUUGAAACUACUCAACAUGCCCGCUACCUCUGCCCCUCCUGCGGCAAAAACGCAAUCAAGCGGGUUUCCACCGGUAUCUGGAAAUGCAAUGGGUGCAGUAAGACUGUGACUGGAGGUGCCUACCUUCUCUCGACACCUGCUGCAACAACGACUCGUUCAACGCUUCAUCGGCUCCGCGACCUCAAGGAAGGAAAGGUUUGAUAUGUCUCAACCCCCAUGAUGGAAAGAACAUGUGGUCGGAUGCUUGAUCAUGGCCGUGUUGGGGAUGAUUUUGUUUUGGCCCUCGGCACCGGGUUCCAUGUCAGGUAGUGCACUGACUUCAAAUGAAUGGAAGAAUAUUGCGUGAACUGUGCCAGCCGGAGCUAAUCGAUGUAUGGUUCACGGUCCAGACAUAACUGCAAUGUCCUUGAUCAUCGAG